AUGUCGGAGUUUUGUUUGGACAGAAAUUCUGAGAAUCUUUGGGUGCUGUGGGUUCAUACAUAUUAUCUGAAGGGCAAUGAUGCUAUUACUGCUUUUGUCAGGCCUAAUAGUUCUUGGAUCCUUAAGAACAUUAUGAAUCAAAGAGAUAAACUGGGUCAGAUACAACAACAUUGGGACCAAGCUCUCAGUAGACAGAAGUUUCCUAUGAGUGCUAUGUAUCAUGGGCUGACAGAGGAACACCAAAGAGUGUCGUGGAGGUCUGUGAUGUGUGGGAACAAGGCUAGACCGCGAGCUGUCAUUUGCUUGUGGCUUGCUUGUCACAAAAAGCUCUCUACUAAAGAUAGAUUAAGAAGAUUUGGAAUGAUCCAAAGUAGUGAUUGCAGUAUUUGUAACUGUGCUGAUGAGUCUAUAAAUCAUCUUUUCUUCAACUGCAGUGGUACUAGAGAAAUUUGGGGGAACAUUUUGGAUUGGCUGGGUAGAAGACAUGAUCCGAGGGAGUGGGAUAUGGAGCUUGCUUGGAUUAUUGAGAACACCAAAGGUAAAGGUUGGAAAAGUGCUCUGCUGAAAAUGGCAACAGCGGAGACAAUUUAUAAUGUGUGGCACUAUAGAAAUAGCAUGUGCUUUGGCACAGUUGUGGAUAAAUAG